ACGGGACAUUGUUAUUUUUGGCACCGGUCUGCGACCUCGAAAAGUUACUGAAAUUAAAAGUAAUAUUGCGCCUUAGGAUAUCGUUGAUUAACGUUACUUUUGCUAUGGAAUAAACGAAUUUCAUUUUAUUCUAUUUAAAUGAAAUGGCCCAUCAUCGAGUUGUGCAAUGGAAUACUAUGGCAAGAACAUGGUGGCUGUUUGAUGCCAAAUACCAGUGCCCACACAGAUCAGCAGAGAAGAUAUGCAUGUACCUAGAGGGCAGACAUAAACCACUUUAUCAUCCACUUUCUGAUGUUGGGGACCAUGUUGUUGUGAUUAACACUAGACAUGUUGCUAUGGUAGAAGAUCUGUGGAGAAAACUACUCUAUGAACAUGAUACUAGGUUUGCCCAUGGUAAAUCAAAGACUACUGCCUGGAAAUUACACGAAGCUGAUCCUACUAAAAUAAUGUAUAAAUCUGUAUAUCGUGCUGGUCCGAAGAAUUUAUUGCGUCCUAAUUUGAUGAGAAGAUUGCACCUAUAUCCUGAUGAGGAAGUUCCAGAAGAUAUUCUAGGAAAUAUAAGUGAUGUAAUUAGGCAGAUACAGGUUGUACCAAAAACUUUAGAUGAUUAUCCUGAAGAACAGCUCAAGACGUUUCCGAAAAUAUUUGAUUGGCCAAAAGACCAUGUGUUAUUCAAGCGUAAGUCAUUAGAAGAAACAUUACAAGACAUUGAAAAAGCAAGAUUAGAAGCAGAGGCAAAGAAAAAGAAAAAAUGAAAGCUGUAGAGAUUUAUGUUGAUGAUUAAAGACUAUUUACAGCUCUUGUCUGCCAGGUUAAUGUUUUAUGGAAGUGGUUGUAACGGUUAAGGAACAUCUGAAAAAAAGUUUGAAAAUAAAACACUCAGUAGUUUGCAAAUAGUGUUCUGCGGACCUCUAGAGAGCUUAUGAAUUCAUUUCAGAAUAUUAUGCGACCAGCGUUACAUUGCACAAAGACAAACCGAUAGAAGUGUUCUUAUUUUUAUGAACUGCAAUUAAACAUAGAAUGAAA